CAGAAAAUAUAAACAAAAAAUAAUUCUGUCCAGUGCCCGCCCUUACGUAACGGUGCCAACCACAAAUGCACGUUUCUGCGAUAAACGUGUUAAAGAACAAACUCAAUAUGGGAGACAUGCGUCAAUUGUUUACGUCCCUUAAGUGUACUUCAUAAACCUCUCUACAGCGCGGCACAUUGACAUGUGUUAAUACAAACUUUACUAUGGCGCAAACAAACAAUAUAAAUGUGAAUAACCUAGCAGACACAAACAAAGAGAUUUUUGAAUUCAAGAAAAAAAUACAGUUGUCUGAGGGUCAGCGCAAAGCACAUUAUGAAGAGUGGGAUGGAGAGAAGAAAAGGAACAAAGAUAAACUACAACAACUGAAGAUGGAGAUAAAGAAUUUGCAUGUACAACUCGCAAGCACUGGGCAGAAUACUGACAGCAUUCUAAGGGCCACAAUGAAAUACCCUAAGGAGAUGGGUGCCCUACGUAACAAGAAGUCAGGUGAUGAAAUCAUUGUAGUACUCGACUGCAAGGCAACUGAUCUCAAGAAGAAGCUUGACCAACUGCAUCAUGAAUCAAAGAAGUGUCAGAACAGGAUGAAGAUGCUAGCAGAUGAGUACCACACUCUCCUGCACAGGAAGACCACGUUUCAGGUGAAGAAGCACGCGGAGACUGCCGAGAGCCUGGAAAACACCGCCCUAUCGUCACUAUUCCAGGAAAUCUGCAUGCUGGAGAACCAGAUACAUCGAGUAGAAAUGAACUUGAUGGAGGCAGAGCAUGUACAGAAGAAGUAUCGUAUAAUCCAGGGCAGCUUGCUAGAGGACAGGGUUGCAUUUGAGAGCUCAUUGGUGAAGGUUGAGGAAAACAUUAAGAAGCAAGAAGCAGAAAUCAGGCACUUGAAGGAAAUAUAUGGUGAGGCACUCAAGCUGAGGGAUGCAACAAGGGGCACAUUGGUGAGACAAGAGUUCAAUACAGUCAACAUAGCCAGAGUCAGAGAAAAGGAGCUGCAGGACCUAAGAUUUCAAGUGGAAGAACGAAGAUUAGAAUUGGAGCGUCUUGAGCGCCGCAUUUUUCCAAUAGGACGCACACUGGUGCACCAAGAAUCAACAAGCUCAUUAGAAGGGGCACAGUCAGCAGAUGACUCCACAGCUAAUAUCACCACCUACUUUGAAAAGGCAUUUGAAAAACUGAAAGCAGCUACAGGAGAGACAGAUCCUGAGGAUGUGCUGAAGAUAUUUCAAUCACAAAAAGAGACCUUGUCACGAUUAUCAUACUUGCGCAACAUCACAGAGAAAGAAAAGUUGGAGUUACAGAGGCAGAAGGACUCCAUGGUUGCCAAGUUAGAGGCCUUCAAGUUUGCAGAAGUAAAGGACAAUGAGCAGAGGGAGGAGGACAGGAAGCAGAAGUUGGACAUGCACGUUCAGAAGGUAACAGAUCAGCUGCAUGACAUUCGUAGCAUCCUCCAUUCCUUCUGUGGCAAGCUGCAGGGUGCCAGUGGUAUUGUACUGACUCCAGAGUCUGAGGAUAUCUUUGAAACAGUUGAGAGCCAAAUAAGGAGUGUGGUGGACCGUGUUGGACAAGGGGACGAGUUUGACAAGAGAGUGCGACAAGCGCAGGAGGACAAGUUUGAGGAGCUGACAAUUCCAGUGAACGUUCCACCCGAGUUUGCAGACUCAAAACCACUUACUGCAUUAGUUGCCUCAGAGACAGAAGAUGAAGAAGAGGUGCCCACUAGAGGCUUCUUGAAAAGGCAGGCCCAAAUCAUUGUGGAUGCCAAGUCUCGGCAUAAACAAUUUCCCAUGGCUACCAGGGGCAAGAAGACACUAACUCUUAAGUGAACUGAGUAAGCUUUAUAUACAUUUAUAUCAGCUACAUCAGUAGUUUCCAACCUGAGGUUCCAGGGGGCCUGUGAGAUAGUAUUGGGGAUAGCAACACGUCAGAUAAGACGAUGUAUCUGUAAUGUCAGUUAUACAGCUUACUUUUCAUUCUACGCAUUAUUCUAAUCAAGAAGAUAGUGAACAGUAUACAGAAUAUGAAAGGGAGAUUGUGACAAAACUUCCACAGGUCCAAAAGUAAUUAUGGAAGGACAGAGACUGUUUCAGGAGAGCUAUCAAAAUGAAGUCCAAUAAAAGCUUCUGUGCAGACAGAAGCAAUACCAAAUCACUAAUGACCAGUAGCAGAAGGAACAGCAGGAGAGGUCAAAUAAGACUUGUGGUGAUUACUUUGAAACAGACAUUCUACUCUCACAAAAUAGAACUGUAGCAAAGCUUGA